AAGGAAACAGAAAAAGGUCACAGAGAAGAAAAAGCAUUAGCAGAAUCGGAAAAUGACGUGGGCAGCCGCAGCAAGUCGUUUCCAAAUGCCGGCAAUAGACGUUGCUGCCUUACGCAGCCGUGCUCCCUUAGCGUUCGGAGUAGGCUGUGUAUCAAUUGCUGGUGCAAAGUUUAGUGGGUCUUCACCAGUUCAAUCAAAACCCUUUGCUUGCUUAAGCACUUCCACUAAUACCAGUAUAAAGGAGGCCGUUCACACUGAUAAGGCUCCGGCAGCACUAGGGCCAUACUCUCAAGCCAUCAUAGCUAAUAACUUUGUUUUCGUCUCUGGAUGUCUGGGUCUUAUUCCAGAGACUGGGAAAUUUGUCUCAGAAAGUGUGGAGGAUCAAACAGAGCAGGUUCUCAAGAAUAUGGGGGAGAUACUUAAAGAAAGUGGCGCUAGCUACUCCUCAGUUGUUAAGACAACUAUCUUGUUAGCUGAUCUGAACGACUUCAAGAAAGUGAAUGAGAUUUAUGCUAAAUAUUUCCCAUCUCCUGCACCAGCUCGGGCAACUUAUCAGGUAGCAGCACUCCCAAUGAAUGCAAAGAUUGAAGUCGAUUGCAUAGCAGCAUUAUGAUCACCCCUUAACGCGUUCAACUUCUGAUAAGGAGAAAGUCUUUUGACUUCCUAGCUAAAUUUGUUAGAUCUAAUAAGCGGAAAGUUAGCUAUUAGUUCGGGAGCCCUUGUUCCAACUUCCCAGAGCUGAGACUAAACGCUAUUUAAGAACAUACUGUAACUCAGUGGCCAUGAAUCAGCGGCCAUGAAUAUUAAAUGUGAUUGUGCUACACUAUUGUGAAGGAGAAACUUAUUGAUAUUUUGAGCCUACUA